AUUGGAAAUUGCAUUCAUCAAAUGUUGUUUCAGAUCAACUGAAUCAUCUUUGCAACAGAAAGUGUCAUUGUCAUCAUAGAAAAUUUUCUGCAAUCACUGCUCAAAUAUCUCUCACCUUUGAAACAAAAUCAACAAAAAGUGUAUUUGUAGCACCAAAAAAGUGUUAUUAUGGGAAAAGCUACGAGAUGGUUGAAGGGUUUGUUUGGAAUGAAGAAGGAGAAAGAACAAAGUAACAGAUCAGGGCCAUUGUUUAUGGACAAGAAGGAGAAAGGAAACGGUAACAAAUCAGGACCGUUGUUUCUAGAUAGGAAGGAGAAGAAACAAUUACGGAAGGAUCAUCAGGGUCACAUGAAUCAAACCGGUUCUUGGUACAGAUCCAAUGUUGAUGAAAAACAUAAUGAUUACAACAAAAAAACAUGUUUUUUGAGGUCAUUAAGCCAUGGCAGCAGUAGAGAAUCAGUACUGUUCAUAAGCAGGGAGUGGUGGGCUGCUGUAAUAAUUCAAUCUUUGUUCAGAGGCUAUUUGGCGCGAAAAGCUCGUCGAGCACUUAAAGGAUUGGUUAAGAUACAAGCUCUUGUUAGAGGCUUCCUAGUUAGAAAAAGGGUUGUUGCAACACUUCACAGUAUUCAAGCUCUUAUGAGAGCUCAAGCAGUUGUUCGGGAGCGACGAGCGCGUAGAUCCUUUGAUAAGGAGAAUGUUCGUCUGUCGCGUAUUCGCGGACCAAAACCUGUGCAAAUGUAUGAUGAAACAAGAAAUGUACAACAUGAUCAAUGGCUUCGCAAUUCUGGCUCAAGUAGAUUUAAUCCAAAUCGAGAGACUCUCGCGAUUGAUCCUCACAGGACUAGUUCGAGAUCUUCAAUCUCUGAAUAUAGAGACGAUACGCAUCAUCACUACUACGAAAAAACAUCAACUUCUCUUCCUAGUAAUGUAUCACGUCGAAUUUCAGUUCACGAAUGUGAACAUUCUCAAGAUUUUGAUUGGUGUUUCAAUAAUGUUAAUGACGAACAUAGAUUCUUCACGGCUCAUAGUACUCCUCGAUUAUCAAACUCUUCUCAAGCUAAUACUCCGUUGGCGAAGAGUGUUUCUGAAGAAACGAGCUUGUUCUUGCCUUACUCUAAUUGUCCUAACUACAUGGUGAAUACUCAUUCAUCUAAGGCGAGAGUAGUAAGGUCUCGAAGUGCUCCAAAGCAAAGAUCUGAGCUCAAGAAAAGGGUUCCACUUGAGGAAAUAAUGGCUACAAGAAAUAGCAUAAGUUCUGUUAAAAUGCAUUGGUAAUUCAAUCACCAUAAUGCUGUUUUAUCAAGGGCUUUUAGAUGAAUUGGAAAAUCAGAAGAACAAUUUUGAGAGCAUGAUGGUGUUGAGAUGUUUUUGUUAAUAGUAUUUACUUUGGAAUUUCUGUUUACAACAUAAUGUUUGAAUAUCUAUUGGCAAAACUAGUAGACUUUAUUUCAAAUGAUUA